AUGAUUCCGCUAUCUUUCCCGCGCCUUCGCCAGGCCGGUGGCGGGAACUUUCUUCGUCCGCAAUACCGGCGUUGUCGAGGUCACGUGCGGGUUUCUACGAAAGCGCUUUGGGGGGGUUUCCACGCCGCGCAUGCGCCCGCGUUUUUUCCGGGAACUCUGACCAGCACGGUGAAUCCUUUUCACGCACCCCUGACUUGCUUACCUCACCGAACAGCUUCUUGCCUUUCUUUCCAGGGGUCCUCCGCAGCCUCAACUGGUUGCCCGUUCUGGCUCGGCGCCUUGUCUGCGGUGUUCAGCCUCCUGACAUUGUCAGGACGCGGUGUUUCCUUCGUUUCUCGCCGCGCUCUCGACUCUAGUCGUCACUGCAGUUCCCCAAGCGCCUGUCUUCACUCUACCCUCCAUGGGCUACCUCCGUCGCAGUUCCUCAGCUCCGGAAACUUUCUGCAGAGUCUGCAAAAGCCAUCGCUGCGCUUCUGUUCAUCAAGCAUGGCGCGAGAUGGCCAGAGUAGCGACGCAGGCCUGUCGCCGGGAGAGAAACUCUCCCAGAUGCGGACGCUCAUGAAGGAUCGUAACCUGGACGCCUUCGUCGUGUACAGCGGAGAUGCGCAUGGAAGUGAAAUCCCCGCACCAUCUGACGAAAGGCGGCAGUUCCUCACCGGGUUCGACGGUAGCAGCGGCGUCGCCGUUGUCACUGCGGAUGAGGCUCUCUUGUGGACAGACGGCAGGUACUUUGUCCAGGCAGAGCAGCAGCUCGACGCUUCUCUUUGGACGCUCAUGAAACAGAACACGCCUGGAACCCCGAAAGUCCCGGAGUGGCUCUUCAACAACUCAAAAGUGAAACGCGUGGGCAUCGAUGGCCAUUGCACUCCCAUCUCGGAGUAUCGGCAGUUGCUCCACGCCGGUUUCUCGCCUCCUUCCGCUCCUUGCCUAGGCGCCUCAAGCAGUCUCUCUCUGAAAAAUGACGGCGCGUCUCGCCCUUCAGACAUCGCGGAAUCGAAGGAACUCAUCCUUUCUGAGAAUCUCGUGGACCUUGUCUGGGGGGCGGCUCGACCCCCAGCUCCGUGUGCUGAGAUCCAUGUUCACCCGCUUUCAUAUGCAGGUGCCACCACGCGAGAGAAGGCGGCACAGGUGCUUCAACAGAUGGCCGCUGCUCGCUGCGAUGUUCUGCUUAUUUCCGCACUCGACGAUGUGGCUUGGUUUUUGAAUCUCCGAGGCGCGGACGUUCCUUGCUCUCCUGUCUUCCUCUCGUACUGCCUGAUCGUCAACACGGCUUCCGCCUCUUGCCCGCCUGAAAGCGGCAACCCUGCUCAAGACGCCUCGCCUCUGAUUGUCCUUUACACAAACGAAGCGCGAAUCAAAGGCGCCGUUGCUGAGGAACUCGCCAAGUCGCGUGUCUACGUUCGGCCCUACGCCAGCGUCUGCAACGACCUGCGGCAUGUCCUUCAAAACAAACCUUCCUUCGUAGACUUCAUUCGAAAAGCGGGCCAGAAGGGAAACGCGGAAGCGGACGUGGUCAACCGACAAAGCGAUGACAGAUCCAAGAAAGAAAAAACGGGUGCCGAAAUGCUUUGGCUCGACCCAACUGCCAACGUCUCCAUUUUCGCCACCGCCAACGAAUGCGACACCCGCGUUACUCUGACGGUGACUCCAGCUGCGAAACAGAAGGCAGUGAAGAACCCAGCGGAGCUGGAGGGAAUGAAGGAGGCGCAUGUGCAGGACGGCGUGGCUUUGGCGAAGUUUCUUACAUGGUUGGAAGAGAGAAGCGAGGACCCGCAAGCUGAGUCUUUUACUGAGUGGGAGGUGGCCCAAGUCGUGGAUGGCCUUCGAGCUCUCUCUCCGUCAUUCCGGGGAAUUUCGUUCUCCACUAUCGCCUCUGCCAACGCCAAUGCGGCCAUCGUCCACUACCGGCCUAUCAGAGAACACAGUGCACCUGUCACCUCCUCAUGUCUCUUUCUCCUCGACAGCGGCGCCCAUUACGCCGUUGGAGGGACGACAGAUGUGACGCGAACUGUGCACACGGGAACUCCAAGCGAGAGUCAGAAACGCUAUUUCACUCUGGUUCUCAAGGGAUUCAUCGGCUUGUCUCGGCAAGUGUUUCCACAAGGGACGCGAGGACCGCAGCUGGACGUUCUCGCGCGCCAGCAUUUGUGGGCCUCUGGUCUGGAUUAUCGCCAUGGUACGGGCCACGGCGUCGGGAGCUACCUGAACGUUCACGAAGGGCCUAUCGGCAUCUCUCCGCGUCUCAUUUGUCAAGCAGGCGAGACCGAUCUGGCGGAGGGCAACGUGCUGUCGGUGGAGCCUGGAUUUUAUCAGCAAGGCAGUCUUGGCAUCCGCAUAGAGAAUCUCGUUUACGUCACAAAAGCAACUCCAUCUGAGAACUUCGAAAACAUGAGGUUUCUCCGCUUCGACCAGCUUACUGUGGUCCCCAUACAGAAAAAGCUGAUUCUUCCGUCUCUCUUGACAAAUGAGGAAAUUCAGUGGCUGAACGAUUACCACCAAAAAGUGUGGACGCUCGUCGCUCCUCGACUUCAAGAAGAAGCCAAACAGAAUAAUGCGGUCACGUCAAUCACUGUGGGGGGAAACAGACUAAUGUCAGUGCCCAGUCCGGACCACACCCUUAGCUGGCUCGAGAAGGCCACAGCUCCUUUGCCUCUCCACUAGCGCAAUCCAUCCGCGGCUUUUCUGCAUGCAGCCGUCUUGCACAGAUUGAAAAUUUUGAUUGAGCGGGUUCUUUUUGUGUGAGGGACGAGGGAACUUGUUUUAAUGAAGGAAACAAGCGAAUCAGGGGAAACGGCGGGUGAGUG